UGACUUGGUAUGUUCCUUGGGAUCUAAAUAUAGAGUAUAGAAAUAAUCUUAAGAUUAUUGAGUAAUUUGAGCAAGUAUGUAAGAAAUGAUUUACAAUAUUUACAAACAUUUGAAAGUGUCGUUGAAUCAACAUAGACUGCUUAAUUAUAAUCUCAUACGGUUCUUACGUCGUUUUUUUAUCCCUUCCCUCGAUAAGUCUCCGCUAUGACAUAGAGAUAAUAAUGAUUCCGAGUUAGAGCGACUUCUUCAAUAACAACCGCAAGUCGAUACCAUUGGAUACUUUUACAUUUUCACGCGCGAGAAGCGGCACAGCGGUGAGCUGAAGGCGUCGGUGGCGCGCCUUGCGAUCGUACCAGACCAACCUUGGCGUUUCCUCGUAAUCGCUUGAAAACUGCAAUCGCACGGAAAUGGCCGAGGACUUACGGUUAAGUUCGGCAUGCCGCGUAUGUACUUCACUACUCCCGGCGAUCAUCGAUGACAACCAAUUCGCUGUCGAAAAGAAAGGAUUGAUCUGCAAAGAAUGAGAAGGAUUGCUGUUGGGUAUGGGAAAUCCUCUCCUGGAUAUUUCAGCAUAUGUUAAUUAUGACUUGUUGCAAAAAUAUGAUCUGAAGUCCAACAAUGCCAUUCUUGCUGAAGAAAAGCAUAAGCCUUUAUAUGAUGAGCUGAUGGACUUAUACAAUGCUGAAUUUACUGCGGGUGGAUCUGUGCAGAAUACUAUGAGAGUAGCGCAAUGGCUUCUGCCAAAACCGAAAAUCACCACGUACAUGGGCUGUGUCGGCAAAGACAAAUAUUCCAAGAUCCUGGAGGAUAAGGCAAUGGCGGAUGGCUUAAAUGUUCGUUAUCAAUACACCGAUCAGGAACCGACUGGGACGUGCGCGGUGCUCAUUACGGGGAAAGAACGCUCCCUAUGCGCCAAUUUGGCAGCGGCAAAUUGCUUUUCACAGUCACAUAUCGAAAAGCCAGAAAACAAGCAUCUGAUAGAUAUCGCGAGAUACAUCUACAUAUCGGGAUUUUUCUUAACGGUCAGUCCCGAAUCCAUACAAACAGUAGCCAAACACGCUUAUGAAAACGACAAAAUGUUCAUGAUGAAUCUCAGCGCACCGUUUCUAUGCGAAUUCUUCCAAGAACCGAUGCUAGCGGCGUUUCCCUAUGUGGACAUCUUAUUCGGGAAUGAGACAGAAGCGGACACGUUUGCAAAAACCAACAAUCUUAACGCGACGAACAGAAGGCAGAUCGCGCUGAAGAUAUCGGAAAUGGAUAAGAUAAAUAACAAGAGGAAAAGGAUCGUUGUGAUAACACAGGGUACUGACGCAGUGCUUUUAGCUAAGGAUGGCACUGUGACCGAGUAUCCUAUUAUAAAACUGCCAGAGGAAAAAGUUGUAGAUACUAAUGCCGCCGGGGAUGCUUUUGUCGGUGGUUUUCUAGCACAACUUAUACAAGAUAAAAGCAUAGACACGUGUAUAAAAUGUGGCAUUUGGGCGGCGACGCAGAUCGUGCAGAAGUUCGGAUGUACUUACGAGGGAGAGCCGAACUUCCAGUCUUGAUUGGUGCCAAUGUGCUAGCGAAUAUAAAUCGUGUACUUAAUAGA